AUGAGAGGUUUUCCUUUACUUUGGGGAUUAACGUUAUUUAAUGUUAUAAAAGGAGAUGAUUUAGAAAAUUUAAAAGAAAAAUACGUAUGGAAACAAGUAGAUUUUGCUUUUCCAACUCCGGAAGAUAGAGAACAAGCCAUAAAUACAAAAAGAUUCAUACCGAGCAAUACACUUCCGUUAGGAUUAGACGUUUGGAAUGGAAGAGUUUUUGUUACUUUACCCAAGUGGAAACCGGGAAUUCCAGCAACAUUAGCCGUAAUCCCGGAAAAUUCUGAUUUUUCACCGAUUCUUUAUCCUUAUCCUAAUUGGAAAUGGCACGUUGAUGAAAAUUGCAAUGGAUUAACAUCCGUUUUUAGAAUUUCGAUAGAUCCUUGCGGACGAAUGUGGGUUUUAGAUGCUGGAAAAAUUGACGUAUUAAAUACAUCAACACAAUUAUGUCCACCACAAUUGGUUGUUUUCGAUUUGAAAAACGACAGACUUUUAUGGAGAUACAGAUUGCCAAAAAAUCAGGUUCUUCAGGGUUCUUUGUUUUCGAACAUUGUCACCGACGUGAGAAACAACAGAUGCGAUGAUAUUUACGUAUAUAUGAGUGACGUAUUACGCUACGGUUUGGUCGUUUACAAUUUGAAAGAAGACAAAUCCUGGAGAAUAUCCCAUAAUUUUUUUUAUCCAGAUCCAAUAGCUUGUCGUUAUACUUUAGAUAAUACGACAUUCAGGUGGACAGAUGGAAUUUUCGGUUUGGCCUUGUCACCAAUCGAUCCACUCACAAACGAUAGAUUAUUAUAUUUUCAUCCAAUGAGUAGUUUCAGAGAAUUUUCCGUACCUACUUCAAUAUUAAGAAAUAAUACGGCCGAUACAUUUCCAGAUGAAUUUAAACUUUUGGGUGAAUCUCGAGGAACGCAAAAUCGUCAUUCUUCAGCAUCUGGAAUGGAUCGUCGAGGAGUAUUAUUUUAUAAUUUAGUCACGCAAAAUGCUGUCGGUUGUUGGAAUUCUCAGAGACCUUAUAAAAAAUUUUAUCAAGGUUUAGCCGGACAAAGUAGCGAAAUAUUAAAUUUUCCAAACGAUUUAAAAGUUGAUCAUGAAAAAAGGCAAAAUCUUUGGGUUCUUUCGAAUAAAUUGCACAAGUACAUUUACACGUCUUUGAAUCCAGAGGAAGUUAAUUUUAGAGUUCUUUAUGGACAAAUUGAAAACAUUGUCAGGGAUACAAUUUGCGAUCCUUCAUUGCCACCCCAAUUGGAUGAAUCGAGCAAUACCGUAAUCGAGUGCAUGGAAUCCGAAUCAAAUUAA